AUGUGUUUACCUCAGCUCAAACAAUUGAAUCUACGUUACAUUAGAAUUGGUGAUGUGAAAUUUGUUAAUAGGCUACUCUCAAGCUGUCCAGUUCUUGAAUCUCUUUUAUUAAGAGAUAUUGAGGCAGACAAUGAAGAUGGUGUGGGGGUCGACAUCAAGUGUUCUCAACUGAAGCACCUAAAAAUGGUUAACAAUUAUCGUACUGCUUGUAAUGUGGCUAAGACUGUCAAGUUGUCUACUCCAGUGCUCAAAUCCUUCGUUUGUACCGAUUACAUGAUACAAAAGUAUUCUCCAGGGAACCUUUCCUCUCUAGUCACUGCAAGUAUUGACAUGAUCGCGACUCACGAAAUAGGAGAACAACUUUAUCCUGAGCGUAUGCUAAAAUUUUUGCUAGCAGUUCAUAAUGUGGAAGAGCUAACAUUGUUAUCUGACGUCUUUCAGUCGAAUGUAGCAGAAGAUGGUGAAGUGGGAUUACUUCCAUGUGGAUUGUCUCGUCUCAAGUAUGUUGAGAUCAGAGGGAUGGAAGGAUGUGACAAUGAACUCAAGUUUCUGGAACUUGUAUUGAAAGAGGCCGCAGUUUUGGAGGAAAUGGAUUUAUGUUUUAGUAAUCCUGAAGGCUCACCAGGUGCAACUGUUCGAAUACGGGCAUCCAACUCAAAAUAA